UUACCUUUGUUGUACUAUCAAGUUUUGUAUUUUUACAUCUAAUAAAUCAAAGAUAAUAAAGUAAUCCUAAAUUCGUGCUCGAUGUGUCACUUACAAAAACUUAAUUUCCUAACCUAAAAUACGUGACAAGUCAAUCUCGAUCGGUGUACAAACAAUAAACGCUUUACGUAUUUAUUAAUCUCAAAAUAGACACUAAAGUAGACUAAAAGCCACAAAAUGUUGCCUUUAUCGCUUUUACGAACUGCGCAGAACCAUCCUAUGUUGGUGGAAUUGAAAAAUGGAGAGACAUACAACGGUCAUCUAGUUAGUUGCGAUAAUUGGAUGAAUAUUAACCUUAGGGAAGUUAUUUGCACGUCUAGAGACGGUGACAAGUUCUGGAGGAUGCCAGAAUGUUAUAUACGAGGCAGUACGAUCAAGUAUUUACGUAUACCUGAUGAGGUUAUUGACAUGGUGAAAGAGGAGACUCAGGUAAAAUCCCGAAGCCGCAGCGAAGUCUCCAAGGGUCGCGGCGGCGGUCAGAACAUGCGAACAGGGCGAGGCGGCAACCGAGGAACUUUCGGUAACCGCGGCCGACCCGCGCCCCUCGCGCGCGGCGGACAGGGCCGCAACCCGCAGAAUAAGAAGAAAUAAACUAUAAUAGGACUGUGUACGUGUAAUGUUAUUGAUAUUAAAUUAUAAGGUUUUUGUAAUAAGUACUGUA